AUGGGGAGUAAGUGGAGGAAAGUGAAAAUGGCUUUUGGAUUGAAUCUGUGUGUGUACGGCCAUAAGCAUCUUGUUGCCGACAAUGAUGACGAUGAGGACUCUCGCCCGCCGUCCGAGCGGCGGUCCGACGCGGCUCUGCUGUCGCCACCAGGGGACUCGACGUCUGCUCCGCCUACGCCGGGCUCCACUAAGCUGAGGUUUUCCAAAAGCUUGAGUAGAUCUUCUUCUAAGAAAACCUGCUCGAUAUGCUUGGCAUCUAUGAAACGAGGGGACGGUCAGGCUAUAUUUACCGCCGAGUGCUCACACUCAUUUCACUUCCAUUGUAUCGCCUCGAACGUGAAGCAUGGUAACCAAAACUGCCCCAUCUGCCGAGCAAAAUGGAUCGAAAUUCCAUUUCAGGGACCCACUGGAAAAUCCAGGAUAAAUCCACUCGACUCGGCUCACAAUGACCUAAAUACCCUCAUCCGCCGGCUGCCUCCCGCUGCCCCUAUGAAUUCCAGUCGAAACGCAGUGCCGCCGCUAUUUCAGGCCCCCGAGCCCACAGUCUUCAACGACGAUGAGCCUGUCGACCACUUAACCGACCCGCCCAACGAGCGGGCCCUCCCAUAUACAAACCCCACCGAUUCUCACGACCAAAGAAAGGUCGACAUAAAAACGUACACGGAAGUCUCAUCCGUUCCGAAAGCCAUCUCUGUCGAUAGCUUCUCCGUCCUGAUCCACCUGAGGGCAUCGAGGAUCAGCCGAACCCCGCGGGUCCCUGUCGACCUCGUCACAGUCCUCGACACGAGCGGGAGCAUGUCCGGCACAAAGCUAGCACUUUUGAAACGGGCCAUGGGUUUCUUAAUCCAGAACCUCGGCCCGAACGACAGGCUGGCGGUUGUUGCCUUCUCCUCCACCGCCCGCCGCCUCUUCCCCCUUCGCCGGAUGUCGGAGUCCGGGCGACAGCUGUCGCUCCAGGCCGUGAAUUCGCUCGUCGCUGGCGGUGGGACCAACAUAGCCGAGGGCCUGAGGAAGGGAGCCAAGGUGAUGGAGGAUCGAAGAAAAACGAAUCCCGUUUCGAGCAUAAUUCUCCUGUCUGACGGUCAGGACACGUACACAGUCAACGGGCCCACCGGGCGAAGCCCGAACAAGCCCGACUACAGGCUCCUUCUUCCGUCUUCCAUUCUCCCAGUCCACGCAUUUGGGUUCGGCGCAGAUCACGAUGCCUCGUCCAUGCACUCGAUCUCCGAGAUGUCGGGAGGGACUUUCUCGUUCAUCGAGACGGAGGGUGUAAUACAGGACGCGUUCGCGCAGUGCAUCGGUGGGCUCCUGAGCGUGGUCGUCAAGGAUUUGCGCGUCUCGGUCGAGUGCGUCGAUCCGGAUAUCCGUCUCGGGACGAUAAAAUCCGGGAGCUACCCGACCCUUGUUGAACCCAAUCGACGUUCGGGAUCGAUCGAUGUGGGAGACCUUUACGCUGACGAGGAACGCGAUUUUCUUGUCUCGGUGAAUCUUCCCGCCGAAAAUUCUGGCGAGUUGAUGAACGUGACGUGCGUUUACAACGAGCCCUUGGCGAACGAGUCGGUGACUUUAGAGUGCGAAUGCGUUCGAGUCGAGCGCACGGUGGCAGGCCGAACUCCCGAGCAUGAGGUGGUUUCGAUUGAGGUCGACAGGCAGAAGAACAGAGUACAGGCGACCGAGGCCAUGGCUCGGGCUCGUGCAGCGGCCGAGAACGGUGACCUGGCGGGUGCCUCCUCAGUGCUCGAGAGCGUCCGGGCUAUGCUGUUGGGGAGUGCUUCGGGUAAGGCGCGGGACCCGCUGUGUUUGGCGCUGGAUGCGGAGCUGAAGGAAAUGCAAGAGAAGGUGGCGAGCCGGCAAGUGUACGAGGCGUCCGGGAGGGCUUAUAUUUUGUCGGGCCUGAGCUCGCAUUCGUGGCAGAGGGCCACAACGAGGGGGGACUCGGUGGAAGUAUCGUCAGGCUCAGGCCGCCUUUUGGGUGGUGCUUACCAGACGCCAUUGAUGGCGGAGAUGGUGACCCGUUCGCAGGCGAGUCUGUCGGUCCAGAGGCUUCUGAGGCCCGUUUGGUCGUUUGGCUCUCAAGCGAAGCUGAGUGGUGUUCAGGUGUCGGAAGUGGUCGGAAGUAGUGUUCAGGUGUCUUUCACGCCGUUUCGGCCGUAUCUUUUCUUCCUGACUUUAUCGUUCGUUGUACCUAGCCUCCAAAGGUGUCGGAAGUGGUGUUCAGGUGUGUUGAACGGUUGUCAACUGGCGGUUUCCAGCAGCAGUCUUCUGGCCAACUCCUCCACUAGGGAGAAGCCACCCAUGGGCUAG